UCAUGUGCAUGCUGUACUGGCUGAAAAGUUGCAAUCAGAUCCUUAUCAGGCUCCUUUAACUGCCUCUCUGCCAGGGCUUGGCAUGUGGCAUAUAAAGCCUGUCCCUGUAGCUGUGUCAGGCAUUGUCCCACUCCAUAUAAAGCAAGCUGGCUCUUCCCCGCAGCCCUUAAAUAUUCUUCUUGGGCAGUUAUUUGUGCAAGUGGAAAUUAAUCGCUCAGAUGUCCUUGGAAAGCGAAUGCAAGAAGGAGCUGGAGCAUGGCCGAAAUUGCCAUUUAAAUUCUUUUAAAUUGAAGAAUCUACUGGCAGAUAAUAUUUUGAAAUAUUUGUCCUUCUUUAAUGGUACUGCAUAUGAAAGUCCAUCAAGUAGAGCAAGAAGCAAUUUCUGGCUGGCAAAUGAUAAGUUCUGGUAUUUCAAUUGCGUUUCAAGUUGUAUUUCACUGAAAUGCACAGUCAUUGCACAAAUAAUAGCUCUAUGGAAAUGUCAUUAAAAGAUUUUGUGAUGUCUUUUAAGCAGUCUUAUUUAGGGAAAUUUUAAGAAAAUCAAGUUGUCUUUAGCCAGAUGUUGCAUAGACUAAGCUAAUUUUUUUCUGAUAGAGUUCUGUUUCUACAUUCAUGGAUAUUUUAGUUUUUUUCUUAAACAUUUGUUGAUGUGAAAUCAUGCAUGGCCGCUUUACUUGCCUGGAGUGGUGUGACACCCACAGGGGCUGUGCUGGCUGCUUUAGGAGCUUCCUUUGGGGAUUUCAAGGGAAUGUUCCUCAAAUGAGGGGGUCCAAAAGCUGCUGGGGAGGGCUUCAAGGCAGCUAAACGCUUUGUAAGAAAUAUUUACUUUGCACCUCUUCCUCUGAGAAACAUACAAGCGUACCAAGAUAUGUUACACUGAUACUGCCCUGUGAUUUUUUUUCAGCUCUAUGGCUAUUGUUACCAAGAUAGCAAUGACAUCCCAGACACGCUGACGGCCAUCACUGAACUAGGCUCACCUUUAGAGAUGAUUCAGCUUUUACAGACUUCCUGGGAAGACAGAUUUCGAAUAUGUCUCAGCUUAGUUCGGCUUUUGCAUUAUUUGGCUCACUCUCCUCUUGGCUCUGUGACACUGCUGGAUUUUCGCCCCCGACAGUUUGUGAUUGUGGAUGGGGAGCUGAAGGUGACGGAUCUAGAUGAUGCCAGUAUUGAGGAAAGCUCUUGCACCAGUAACAGUGACUGCUUUAUGGAGUUUCCAGCACGGAACUUCACUCUGCCUUGUUCUGUUGAGGGACGGUGCCAAAACAUGAAUGAAAAGAGGAAUCUCUACAAUGCUUACAGGUUUUUUUUCACGUACCUUCUGCCACACAGCGCGCCGCCCUCACUGAGACCAUUACUGGAUAAGAUAGUCAACGCCACAGGAGAGCUUCACUGGGGGAUAGAUGAAACAGCUGCUCAACUAGAAAGAGUUUUGAAUCUGUAUAAGAGUGGAGAGUACCUGCAGAACACUACCCGGAUAUUGAAAUCUGAGUACCGGCGGUUGCCUGAAGCCUUUAUUCCUGAUGAGAACUACAGAUGCUGGCCAUCUUACCAUCACAAGGGCUGCCUCCUCUCUGUGUUUGAUGUUAAUGAAGCCAUGGAGAUUUGCGACAGCUACUCCCAGUGCAAAGCUUUCGUCCUAACCAACCAGACGACUUGGACAGGUCGGCAGCUUGUCUUCUUCAAGGCGGCUUCAAAUCAUAUCAUGCCUGAUCCUGACAAGAUAACAUAUGUGAAAGUGACAGACUGACAGCUGAAGUGGCUCAGUCUGAUGUGUGAGUGACCAGAGCUGUUUGUGUAUAAAUAUAGGCAGCUGUUAUGUAUAAGGUGGCUGUGUCCAGAGAGAUAAUUGCACUAUUACUCAUUCUAAUCUAUAGAGUGCUAAACAAAACUUUUAAGAAGUAACCUGCGUGACCAGGAUGAAUGUGCAAUAAGACAACAUUUUGAAAAUGUGAUUUUUAAAACGAAGCAAAAUACAAAAUACGAUACACUGUUGGGAUGUAAUUUUGGAUAUAAAUCAACUGGCAGCUCUAACUUUUCUAACUAAGGUUAGUGUGACUUUUCUGACCUGUGUGUGUGAGUACAGGGACAGAAGUUGAUUAUUUCUAUGAGAAAUCUGUAUCUUCUGCAUUGAUAUUUAUUUGAGCUCGUACAAUCACAACAGAGUAACUGAAACAUAUCAAUUUGUAAGCUAAGUAUCAAACAUUGCUGAAGACAAUCAGCAUUCAUGUUAAAGCUAUCGAAUAUGCAAUAGCAACAUGUUUGUCAAAAUGAAAGAAUUGAUUAUGUUUAGAAUUGCAAGACUGUAGCUAAUUUUCAUUUUCGCUUCCAAUGUUAUCACAAAGGUUCAUUUUUUUUAAUUUAAAAGAGCCAUUUUGUAGGUCUAGCAAAUCACAUAAGCAUUUGAAUGGUCCCCCUGAAAGGCAGGGGCUUAACCAAGUGCUGAAUGCAUUGCUGAAUAGGGAUAGGCCUAAGCAUAUGCUUACAAUUAAGCCUGUGCUUAAGACUUUUGUUGAAUCAAGUUUGAAUUGUUCAUGAAGCCACAUCUUUGACAAACAGGCAAAGCAAUCCAUCUGGUAAAACAGAACUAUUUUAUGGAAUAUCUUGCAGUUAUUCAUAUUUUUAUCAUCAAAUCCGUGGUUUUCUAAGGCACCGCUUGCUAAUUCUUAGAGUGAAUGAAGUAAAUGACCUUAAUAAUGGUAAUUGAAUGCUAGCCUUAAUUCUAUAUAAAAUGCUUUUUAUAGGCAUGGUGUGUCUAGAGAAUUUGCUUUCAGUGAAAGCAAUGAAGUAAAUGCUAAAGUGACCAAUGUCAUACUGUUUUGUAGUUUGUACAGCCAGGGAAAAAAAAUGUGCAUUUGUUUCUUAAAUGGUUUAUUUUUGUAAUAAAUAAAAGAUAAAUGCAAU